AGAGCCCGCGGCGCUGUGGGGUGGCCCGGAGCGGCUCGGGGCGAUGGCGGCGGAGGGCGUGCGGGUGCUACCCGCCUCGCCCAACUGGUACAGCAGCCGCUGUAGCGACGCCAGCAGUGACGGCCGCCUCUUCGGCUUCGCGGCGAGGCACCGCGUCUGCUUGCUGGAUGUCGGCGGCGGCGCCGUUGCCGCACCCACGUUUUACGGGGAGCUCAUCGGGCACACGGACAGGAUCUCUGGGUUCGCGUUUUGCCACUGCCCGGGGCAGAGCAGCCUCUGCGCCACCAGCUCCGACGACGGGAGCGUCAAAAUCUGGGACACGGAGACGUUGGCUCCGGUGGUGGAGUACAGCUUGCACCAGAACGUGAUCUCGGCGUUGCACUGGUCGCCCCUUGUGAAAGAUCUGAUUGUAUCCGGUGAUGAAAAAGGUGUCGUCGUUUGUUACUGGCAGAACAGAAGUGACAGCCAGCAGUUCUUCCCAGAGCCUCGGACGAUUUUUUGUCUCACUUGUUCUCCUCACAAUGAAAACGUGGUGGCGAUUGGCUACAAGGAUGGCAUGGUGGUUAUAAUUGACAUCAGCAGGAAAAGAGAAGUACUUCAUCGGCUAAGAGGCCACGACGAUGAAAUACAUUGUCUGGCCUGGUGCCCUGUGCCCGGUGAGGAAAGGUUACCUGCUUGGCAGGAUGAGCUCCAAGCAGCUUCUUCAGAGGAAAGCAAAGUUCCAAAUGGGGAGAUGACACAGGACACAACCACAAAGAAAGGCUGUUACUUGGCUUCGGGGAGCAAAGAUCAGACCAUACGAAUCUGGAGCUGUACUAGAGGCAGAAGUGUAAUGACUUUGAAGUUGCCACCCACGAAGAGAAGAGGUGGAGCUGUGGAUCCUGCUGUUAAGGAGCGCAUUUGGCUGACUGUUCACUGGCCUUCUGGUCGAUCCACGGACAUUGUGUCCAGCUCUUUCGGAGGAGAAUUGCUGCUCUGGGAUUUGACCCAACCUGGAAAACGCAAGUGGACGCUUCUAGGAUCUUCAGAAGGACAAAACCACUCCCGCAUUGUGUUCAACCUGAGUCCUGUGAAGCAUCAAGACAAAGAGCUCCUUUUAUCCAUUUCAAUGGACAGAGAUGUGAAAUGCUGGGACCUCUCAACUCUUGAAUGUUGCUGGACCAUGCCCUCACUUGGGGGAUUUGUCUAUAGUCUCGCCUUCUCCCCUGUGGACACGGGCUCUCUUGCCAUUGGUGUUGGAGACAGCAUGAUCCGGGUGUGGAAUACUUUGUCCAUGAACAAUAUCUACGAUGUGAAAACCUUCUGGCAAAGCAUAAAGUCCAAGGUUACAGCAUUAGCCUGGCAUCCAACUAAGGAAGGCUGCUUGGCUUUUGGAACAGAUGAUGGAAAAGUUGGCAUAUUUGACACUUUCUCCAGCAGUGCUAGGAAUAAGCCACCUCAGAUCUCCAGUACUUACCACAAGUGCACUGUAUAUGCAUUAGCCUGGGGACCUCCAACUCCUCCUCUGUCUUCUGGAGGAGAAGGUGAACAGCCCUCUGUAACUUUAUAUAGUUGUGCUGGAGAAGGUAUUGUUUUUCAACACAACCCCUGGAAUCUCAGUGGAGAGGCAACUGACAUCAACAAAGUUAUCCGAGACACUAAUUCAAUUAAACACAAACUGCCUGCCCGUACAGAGAUCAGCUGGAAACCAGAUGGCAAACUCUUGGCUCUUGGCAAUGAAGAUGGCUCCAUUGAAAUAUUUCAGCCACCAAACUUGAAGUUGCUCUGCACUAUCCAGCAGCAUCAUAAACUGAUUAACGCCAUCCGUUGGCAUCAUGAGCAUGGGAGCCAGCCAGAGCUGAGUUACUUGAUAGCUUCAGGCUCAGUCAAUGCCAUUAUUUAUGUGCAUAACCUGAAGAGUGUCAUAGAGAGCACUUCGGAAACUCCUGUGACCAUAACAGAGCCUUUUCGAACUCUGGCUGGGCACACAGCUAAAAUCACAAGCCUUUCUUGGAGCCCCCACCAUGAGGGAAGAUUGGUGUCUGCUUGCUAUGAUGGCACUGCACAGGUAUGGGAUGUUAUGAAGGAAGAGCCACUCUCCAACUACCGAGGGCACCAGGGCCGGCUGCUGAGUGUCCAGUGGUCACCAGUGGAUUCAGAUGCUGUUUAUACAGGAGCAGAUGAUUUUUCAGUUCAUAAGUGGCACAUCUCAAAGCAGGAGCAUACAAGGCCUCCUCAGGGCAAAAAGAGGACAGAAUGGGAGAAAAAAAAAAGUACACAGCCAAAAGUCAAAACUAAGAAGAAGAAAAAGCCUGUCGAAAAGAGCUCAGGCAAGCAGGAGCUAAGUGAUGCCACGAAUGGAGAUGAGAGCCUGAAGGAAAUGUUGCUAGAGGAAAAUGGAGUGUCAGACCAUGAAGGGGAAAAAGAAGCUCAGGGGACAGAGGUGCCUAAUAAAGUCUCCAUGAGUGUGUCCAAGGAUACAUCUUCAUCUGCAUAUGAUUAUUCUUCAUUCAGCUUGCCAAAGCCUUUUGUGACCCAGAAAGCUCCUGUGAAAAAGGAACCACCUAAAGAGAAACCAACUCCUGAUACCUCUUUAAAGAAGAGGAAGCCUCGUUCUGUUCUACCCUUCAGCACAUUCAUGGAUCACAGGUCAAAAGAUGAAUUGCAUCAAGACUGCUUGAGGCUGGCUGCAUGUCUGAAAACCAAAGAUGAUAAUGAAGAUGCAUCCCCUGACCUCAAGGAUCGCAUCCACUUGGGGCUGUUUGCAGACAGGGCUUCUCUGCACAAGAUGAUAGAUGUGGAAGGAAAAAAUCACCUGGAGAAUGGGCAUCCAGAUCUCUUUCAGCAGCUCAUGUUGUGGAAAGGAGAUAUGAAGGGUGUCCUCCAGGCAGCUGCUGAGAGGGGAGAGCUGACAGACCAGCUGGUGGCAAUCUCGCCAAUGGUGGGGUACCAGGCCUGGGUUUGGACAGUAGAAGCCUUUGCAAAGCAGCUGUGUUUUCAGGAGCAGUAUGUGAAGGCUGCCUCCCACCUCCUGUCCAUCCAUAAAGUGUACGAGGCUGUCGAGCUCCUGAAAGUGAACAAUUUUUACAGGGAAGCAAUUGUAAUUGCUAAGGCCAGGCUGCGGCCAGAAGAUCCAAUCCUGAAGGAUCUCUACACCAGCUGGGCAGCUCUGUUAGAGAAAGAUGGUCAUUAUUCCAUGGCUGCCAAAUGUUAUCUGGGGGCUUCCUCACCUUAUGAUGCAGUUAAGGUGCUGGCAAAAAAGGGGGAUGCAACGUCCCUUAAAACUGCUGCUGAGCUUGCGCUGAUAUCUGGAGAGGAGGAGUUGUCAGCAACUUUGUCUUUCAGAUGUGCCCAGGACUUGCUGUUAUCCAGGAACUGGGUGGGAGCUCAGGAAGUCCUUCAGCAACAUAAAACAUUAUUUGGACAAAGACUCGUCUUCUGCCUUAACGAACUGCUUUGCAAGUGCCUUAGUGAAAGAAAUCCCUGUGACCGAAAGAGCCCUGUGCCUCCCUGUUACCACAGCUGGGAGCUGAACAGAAAGGCCUCAUUUUUGGACAUGGUGAUAGAAGUGUGGCAGAAUGUAUUCGGCAUGGACACCACUGAACAAAUCUCGUGUGCACGGGAGCAGCUGCACAGUAUUGAGCAUCCUCCAUCUACCAGAAACACACACCCAAAGCAGGUGCUUUUCCAUAUCUCCCACGACCUGACCCUUGCAGCCCUGAGCUAUCAGACUGCAACCUGGAAUGAGGCAGUGAAAAGUAUUAUGGGAGCUGUGACUCGCAGUUAUGAUGCUGGUAAUUUCACUCUGAUGCAAGAGAUUUGCAGUAUCAUCCUUCCCGAAGGCUGCAAUAACCUGAGACACAAACUGGACAGCACAGAUUCUCAGAGCAUGGAUGCUUGCAGAAGUUUAGAGGCCUUUGUGGCUUAUGGACUGCUGUAUGCCCUGUGGUGGAAGCUACCCAAAGACUCCAUUGUCUUGCAGAAGGCUGUUUCGGAUCCCGUGCCGUGUCCCGGUGAGCAGACAGCUCUUGAGAAGGAUUAUGUUUCAGGUCAGUUCUCCUCUGAAGAAACUCCUGAUCAAGCUGCAACUGAGAUGGAUGAAAACCACUGCAAUACAACUGAAGUUCACAGGCAUGAGGCCAAAAGUGAUUCAAAAACCAGCUUGGGUGAUUUGGUGGACAAGCAGUCAAAACUGAUUGGCUGCAAAGUGCUUCUUUCAGAAGAGUUUGCUGCUCUGCAGAACACCCAGAGAGAUAUAGCUGAGGUCCAGCAGAUUUUAGCAGAUAUGAUCCACCAGCAUCAGCAGCAGAGGAACAAUCUCCAGGAAAAUACAGAUGGAAACACCCAGGAAAGCAACCUGCAGCAGAGUUCAGAGACAGAAUCAGACAAACCAUGCUCUGACAGCAACCAGAUGAAUUGUGAAGGUGAAGUAAAGGAAGCAAUUACACUCCCUGACCUAACAAAGCAGCUCCUAAAAGCAAAGCAGAAACUAGCAGAAUUUCCAGACAGCUUAAAGGUCUUCCCGUUCCCCGAUGUGCUGGAGUGCUGCCUUGUGCUCCUCCACCUUGAAUCCCAGUGCCCUCCUGAGCUGCACCAACAGGCUCUGGAUCUCCUUAGGAAACAUGGUAGUGCUAGUACUUACAAAAAGGCUGGCAGGAGGUUCUUGACAUGACAUUGUGAAACCAGCCUGUCUCCCUUGAGCUGCAUGCAGCUACUUAACACCAAGGCUGUUCUUUCUUGAAGUGAAGGCUUGUUUUGAAGGCUGUGGUUACUUUGGAUAAAACUACUCAUAUGUUGUCAGCAGCUGCUUAAGAUUGUGCUAGAAAAUUGAAAAGCAGGAGGCCUUGAACUGGAUACAAGAUUUUUGUCCCAUCUUACUUCUUGGAAGGUGUGUUAAUGAAAGCUCUUGCCAUUUCCAUGUAAGAGAAACAGUUUUAAGCAGCUCUAUCAGUCUUUCAGCAGUGGAAGAGCAGUAGGACCUCAGGAAAAAAACAAUGGUUUCUGUAAGUAAACUGACCCUUAAGCCAGUGUUGUUCUUCCCUUGUGAGUUUAUUUUCCCUCCUUUAAAUAAAGUCUUCUACCACCAUGAAUUAGCAUUUAAUUUGAGGGCUAGAAAUCAGUGUCAAUCAAGGGCAAAUGCAUUAAAACUAAGCCUGGGUAGUUUGCUGGUUGGUUGGUUUUGGUUUGUUUUUUGUUAAAUGCACUGCAGAAAAUAAACUCAGUAAAUGAAACAAGUAUGUGCUAUGACUUAGCUUUGGGUGGUGAAACCACCUGUACAAUCUAAAAGGG